CUCUACUGAGGUGGACCUUGCCCUCCUCUCCGGCGUCCCUUUGGCUUCAUCGGCGGUCCUUCUUGUCCAUCCUUCGCCGUCCUCUUCUCAUGACCGCACGCCCCUGCGGAUCUGGUAGCACUGGGAAGUCUAAGGUUUUACUUACAGAGAUGGACUUCUCUGAACUCGAAAGAUGGGUCCAGUCUCAAGGUUACAGGCCAGGGCAGGCUUUGAUGCUCUGGAAGUGCCUCUACGGGAAUAACAUCUGGGCACAUUCUGAUGAUGAAUUAGCAGGUCUGAAUAAGGAAUUUCGAAAAAUGUUAAGUGAGAAUGCUUCUUUCAAGUCAUUGAUGAUCAAAGAUAUUCAUGAAGCAUCAGAUGGAACUCGAAAGAUUUUGUUCACUUUGGAGGAUGAGAUGGUGGUGGAGACAGUUGUGAUCCCAUUCAGUCAAGGGAGGACUACGGUUUGUGUAUCAAGUCAAGUUGGUUGUGCAAUGAACUGCCAAUUUUGUUACACUGGCAGGAUGGGGUUGAGAAGACAUUUAUCAACGGCUGAAAUAGUUGAACAGGCUGUUUUUGCGCGUCGGCUGUUCACGAGUGAAUUUGGAUCCAUCACAAAUGUCGUAUUUAUGGGUAUGGGUGAGCCAUUUCAUAACAUAGAAAACAUCAUCAAGGCUGCAUCUAUAAUGGUUGAUGAGAAAGGACUGCAAUUCAGCCCUCGCAAGGUGACAGUCUCAACCAGUGGACUUGUGCCUCAGCUCAAACGCUUCCUUCGUGAGUCUAAGUGUGCAUUGGCUGUUAGUUUGAAUGCUACAACUGAUGAGGUAAGGAAUUGGAUUAUGCCAAUCAACCGCAAGUAUAAUCUUGGCCUUCUGCUUGAGACCCUUAGGGAAGAGCUUCGCUUCAAACACAGAUAUAAAGUAUUAUUCGAAUACGUGAUGCUUGCAGGAAUAAAUGACAGCUUCGAGGAUGCAAAAAGGCUUAUAGAACUUGUUCGAGGUAUUCCAUGCAAGAUUAAUCUCAUUUCAUUCAAUCCCCACUCUGGUUCUCUAUUCAAGCCUACCCCUGAGGAGAAGAUGAUCGAGUUUCGCAAUAUUCUGGCUGAAGCCGGACUUGUCGUCUUCUUGAGGCUCAGCCGAGGAGAUGAUAAGAUGGCAGCCUGUGGCCAGCUUGGGGAGCCUGGCAACAUCCAAGCACCCAUGCUUCGUGUGCCUGAGCAAUUCCGAAUGGCUGUAUGAUUACAAUAUCAGAGGUACAUGUGAUUGAAAUAUUGAGUUGAGCUUAAAAUACAGAUUGAGAUUCAGGCCAAACUCCAGGGGUAUAAAAAAUAUCCUUACUGUUUCCCUUGAGAUCCUUUUCGUUUCAAUAUAUGCUUUCUUUGAAUGUUUGAGUAUCA